ACCACCUUUGUAAUAUAUUCAUCGUCAUCUACAAUCAAGCUCGAAUUCAACAGAAGAGCUCAGAACCAGAGAAGCAAAAAUGGAAAUUAGUGGUAAUUCGAAUCCCUAAACAGAGAGCAUUUCGGAGAAAGCCAUUGGAAAUUCUCCAUGAUCAGCUGUAAUUGAAGGGCACAACGAAAAUGCUGGAAUCCUUUUCUGGAUCAUAUUGCCCCUUCAUGUCUCCAAUUCACUCUCUAUUUUUGUUCCACGAUUGGGCAAUUCGUUUUUGUUCUAGGGAUGGUAUAAGGUUUAUUUAGAUUUCUGUUUGAGAAAUGGAUUCGGCUAGGAGUUGGUUUAAUAAGCUUCAGCCAAGAGAUAGGUUGAGGGGUUCUACAAAGAAGAAGGAUAAUAGUAUGGGAGAGUGUGAGGAUUGUACUGCUACUGAUCAAAUGGAUGAAGAAGCGCUUUCUAAUAUCACUAAGCAGAAAGUUGCUGCGGCAAAGCAGUAUAUUGAGAAUCAUUACAAGGAGCAAAUGAAGAAUCUGCAGGAGAGAAAGGAAAGACGAAAUAUUUUGGAAAAGAAGUUGGCUGAUGCUGAUGUUUCUGAAGAAGAUCAAAACAAUUUACUUAAAUUCUUAGAGAAGAAGGAAACUGAAUAUAUGCGCCUCCAAAGGCACAAAAUGGGUGUCGAUGAUUUCGAUUUACUAACAAUUAUUGGCAAAGGUGCUUUUGGGGAGGUUCGUGUUUGUAGAGAGAAGACUACAGGUCAGGUGUAUGCGAUGAAAAAGCUUAAAAAAUCAGAGAUGCUCCGAAGGGGCCAGGUGGAGCAUGUGAGAGCUGAAAGAAAUCUGCUUGCUGAAGUAGACAGCAAUUGCAUUGUGAAACUCUAUUGUUCUUUUCAAGAUGAUGAGUUUCUAUAUCUUAUUAUGGAGUACCUACCUGGUGGAGAUAUGAUGACUUUAUUGAUGAGAAAGGAUACUUUGACUGAAGAUGAAGCAAGGUUUUACGUUGGAGAGAUAGUUUUGGCUAUUGAAUCUAUUCAUAAGCACAAUUACAUUCAUAGAGAUAUUAAGCCCGACAACUUGCUGCUUGAUAAAUUUGGGCACUUGAGACUCUCAGACUUUGGACUAUGCAAACCAUUAGAUUGCAGUACACUCCAAGAACAAGAUUUUGAUGUAGGGAGUGUCCAUAAUGGAGCUGGACAAAGUGAUGAGCGCAAUGCAACUCCCCGUACCCAACAAGAGCAACUACAACAUUGGCAGAAGAAUCGAAGAAUGCUUGCUUAUUCAACAGUUGGAACACCAGAUUAUAUUGCUCCAGAGGUUUUGUUGAAGAAAGGUUAUGGCAUGGAAUGUGACUGGUGGUCACUUGGAGCUAUUAUGUAUGAAAUGCUUGUUGGCUACCCACCUUUUUACUCUGAUGAUCCAAUGUCGACAUGUCGGAAGAUAGUGAACUGGAGAACUCAUUUGAAGUUCCCUGACGAGGCAAAGCUAUCUCCCUUGGCAAAAGAUCUCAUCAGCAGACUGCUAUGCAAUGUUAACCAGAGGCUCGGUACAAAUGGCGCAGAUGAAAUUAAGGUUCAUCCGUGGUUUGAAGGUACUGAAUGGGAUAGACUAUACCAAAUGGAAGCUGCAUUUGUUCCUGAGGUUAAAGAUGAGCUAGACACUCAAAAUUUUGAAAAGUUUGAAGAGUCUGACGCGCAAAGCAGUUCUUCAUCUAAAACUGGUCCAUGGAGAAAGAUGCUUUCAUCGAAGGACAUCAACUUUGUUGGAUAUACUUAUAAGAACUUUGAAAUUGUCAACGAUUAUCAAUUGCCUGGGAUGGCUGAAUUGAAGAAAAAAUGCAGCAAACCAAAAAGACCGUCAAUCAAGACACUCUUUGAUGGCGAGUCGGAGGCAGCAGAUGCAUCUGAUACACCUAGUCAUAGUCAGCACUCUGGAGGUAGCUUUUCGAACUCAAUGACAUCUCCUAAACUGGAUGAAGUUGAAAUGAGGAAAGAGUCGAUGUAACGUGUUGAUUCUCUGCGAACCAUCAGAUGAGAGAAACAGCAGGAGCUCUGAUUCAUUAGCUAAUAUCAGUUGGAAUUUUUUAAGUAUGUAUAGGUUUCAAUCUAGGAUGGUGCAUUCUGCAUCAAAAUUCUUUAACCAACUUCGGUUUAACAGAAAAUUCAAGUUGAGCAACGAUGGAGGCAGAUUUUUGGUUUCUAACAAUCGACCUUGGAGCCGAGCCUUCAUUCAUGGUAGCGUUGUUCAUAAUCAGGUGAAUAAGAGAUCUGAGAAAGGUGAAUAACAGAUCUGAAUAGUAAUUAUCAUUCUUCACCAUUGAAGUAUAAUGUUCUUUUACUUGUCUCCUUUUUUUUUUUUUUUUACCACGUCUAAUUUGGUGGGGUUAUCUAAAAAAUUUAUGUUGUACAAAAGACGCCAAACCAAUAGCAUUUACAUGAAUAUUUCAGUGUAGAUAAUACACAGCAAAAGCAAGUUGUUCCAUUCUACUUAUUGUUUCUUGGUCUAUGAA